UUAUAUAUGGCUCUGGGUCCAUCAUCCACACGCCUGCUCACUCUCUGCAGAGGAAUCAGGUCUGAUUUAUGAGAGAGAGUGAGAGAGAGAGAUUUACCGUUGUGUGUGCAAGAUUCAACAACAGUAGAUUAAAGAAAUAUUCGCGUGCCAGCGUGUCUCCUGGGACUCGUGGAAGAACACGCUGUUUAGUAGGAUGCCCCGGAUCCUCUCGUGCUAUGCAGGCUGAACGGUAAACUGCCGAACCCUGGAGACAGACGACAAGACAUCUCCUCCUCCUCCCUUCCUCUUCUUUAUCCCUUUUACCUCUCCCCUCCUUUCUGUCUGUGAACUGGUGAACGUGUACGGCUAGUGGGCGCUGGCUGUGGCUCUGAAACGCCCAACGGGAGCAACAGCUGUCUCUGUGUCUCUCCUCCUCUCUCUUCCCACUCUCCUCUUUUCCUUCCAUUUACAUUCUCUCAAAGAAUAGCAACAGCUGUUUCAAUCGGCUUAGAAGCAACAUCACGGAUGUCAACAUCAUUCACCGUCGGAUAUCGAGCUGUGCUGUUGUCCAUAGCGGACCACUGACCGGAAUCGAUUCAUAACCAUCAACAGCUGUGGGUGAGGGAAUUGUUUGCAAUGUGAUCUAGUGGCGAAGGAGGAGGAGAGAGAGAGAGAGAGAGGGGGGGAACAUGCCUGCUGAUGUUGCUGUCUCAUUGAGCCUCGCUACCCUCUUGCUGACCACCUGGAACACACUGAUGGUGGCAGCGAGAGUGCCGGUGGCUCCAGUUAAUGUAUCGGUAAGCCAGCUGAGAUCAGACUCCGCCAUCAUCACCUGGAGUGUACCACAGGGAGACACUGUCAUUGGAUACGUCAUCUCACAACAGAGGCAGGACGGGCUGAUGCAGCGCUCCAUUCGGGAGGUGAACUCGUCAAGUCGAGCGUGUGUGUUGUGGGACCUGGAUGAAGACACACACUACAGCGUACAGGUCCAGUCCAUAGGGCUUCAGGGAGACAGCCAGCCUAGUCACACUGUCCACUUCAGGACCCUGGAGAAGACUGAUCACUACCCUAUAGGAAGCAUAGACGAUGACCCGACCAUGGAAGGGAUGGAUCUGACCCCUAACCUGCAGACUGGAGAACUACUCAUCGUCACCACUGUACUGCUACUCUGGGCAGCGGUAAUAGCUCUGUUCUGUCGUCAGUACGACAUCAUCAAGGACAAUGACUACAAGGACAAACCCAAACGCCCCUCUGUUCGGACCGAACCAUCUUACUACAGCACCAGCGUCUCAGCUCAGAGCACGCCACUCUACUACAACGGGGGGGUGCAAGGCAGCAAGGACCUCCUCUUCCUCUUCCAUCAUCAGAGUGUGACAGGAUCUCCUCCUCUUCCUCUUCCAUCAUCACAGUGUGACAGGAUCUCCUCCUCUUCCUCUUCCAUCAUCAGAGUGUGACAGGAUCUCCUCCUCUUCCUCUUCCAUCAUCAGAGUGUGACAGGAUCUCCUCCUCUUCCUCUUCCAUCAUCAGAGUGUGACAGGAUCUCCUCCUCUUCCUCUUCCAUCAUCAGAGUGUGACACGAGCUCCUCCUCUUCCUCCUCCAUCAUCAGACUGUGACAGGAGCUCCUCCUCUUCCUCCUCCAUCAUCAGACUGUGACAGGUCCUUCUCCUCUCCUCCUCCAUCAGAGUGUGACAUCAGGAAGUGACACAAGUCUAAAGGAAGUGACACAAGCAUAAAGGAAGUGACACAAGCAUAAAGGAAGUGACACAACUGUACAGUAAGUGUCUUAGAUGACUUGAGUACAUGUCCGAUCAAGAGCCCAGUUCCCUUUUUCAGUUCAGUGGCUGAAACCAUCCCUCUACCAUUCAGAACUGAGUAUUUGACAAAGGGAAUCUUGAUAUUGUCACAGCAAUACCACCAUAUACCAAACUCUUAAGACCCUAACAACAGACACACAGACUCUAACAACAGACAUACAGACCCUAACAACA